UCAGCAGUUUAAAUUCAGUUAUUAUCAUAAAAUGAAAUCAGUAGUCGUUGUUUUGUGUUUUAUUGGAGCUAUUUCUGCUCAGGAGAAAUUACCCGAUUGUGGCGCAUACCCUGAAAAGAAACUUGAAGAAUGCUGUGGAGGUAUUGAAAAAUUCAUUCAACCACAAUUUUGGGGAGCUUGCGAGGGAGAAUGUCAACAUCCUGAUAUGUGCUGCAAAGUAAAUUGCUUUGCGGAUAAACUUGGGAUAGUCAAGGAUGGAAGAUUUGAUAAGGAUACAGCUUUGGGUGCUUUAGCUGCUACUCUUGGAGACGAUGCUACUUGGACACCUAUCUACACUCAAGCUGUUGAAACUUGCAUAGCUGAUGUUCCACAAAUGAAAGAGAACUUUAUGAAAAUCCCUGAUUUUGCCAAGUGCGACACUACCGAGAACGCCAUGUUUGCAAUUUGUCUUAAAAAGGAAUUGCUGAUGAAUUGUCCUAAAGCAACUGCAGAUCCUGAAUGCGACAAAAUAAAAGGAUUUUUGAACUGCAUCCUUCCAAAGUAA